AUGUGGCAAUUUCCUUUAUUUAAUUACCCAACACCUUCAUUUAGCGGGUGUUGUAGGUUUGAUCGCACAUUCCUCUCUAACCACAAAUCCUCUCUCCUCCUCUUCUCUCUCCUGCAGAAGGAUGUCGCACUUAAGCCUCAGGAACGGGUGGAGCGGCGCCAGAACCCACUAGCCAAGAAGAAACGGGAAGCCCUCACCAAUGGGUUGUCCUACCACUCCAAGAAGAACAGACUGAAUCAUCACCACCACUACAGCUCAGACCGAGAGAACGACCGCAAUCUCUGCCAGCAUCUCGGGAAACGGAAAAAACUCCCCAAAGGACUGCGACAGCUCAAGCCGGGACAGAACAGCUGCCGAGACAGCGACAGUGAGAGCGCCAGCGGAGAAUCCAAGGGAUUCCACCGGACCAGCUCCAGGGAAAGACUCAGUGACAGUUCAGCUCCUUCGAGCUUGGGGACCGGCUACUUUUGUGACAGUGACAGUGACCAAGAAGAGAAGGUUUCUGAUGCCAGCUCAGAGAAACUUUUCAACACUGCUAUAAACAAAGAUCCAGAGUUAGGCGUUGGGGCGCUAACUGAAAAUGACACGCAAGAUGCAGGGCCCGUCGUCCCGAAGAUAUCGGGAUUAGAGCGGAGCCAGGAGAAGAGCCAGGACAGUUGCAAGGAGUCCCUCUUUGAGCCUGUGGUGCCGAAGGACCCCUGUCCUCAGGCAGCCCAGCCAGAGCCGCAGUUGCCGGCCCCUUCCCCAGGCCCGGGCCCUGUCCUGCUGCAGCGUGCCGAAGUCCUGCCUCAGCCACCACCUCAGGCCACUCAGCCACCGCAGGCCCCUCCAGAAGCCCAGCUACAGCCUCCCCCCCAGCCUCAAGUCCAGCGGCCACCCAGGCCACAGUCGCCCACCCAGACUGUCCACCAAAGCCUCCCAUCGGUACAGCCUCACCCCUCAUCUCAGAACCUCUCCCAGCCAUUGUCUGCUUAUAAUAGCAGCAGCCUGAGCCUCAACAGCUUAAGCAGUAGCAGAAGUAGUACGCCUGCGAAGAGUCAGCCCCCACAGUCUCAUCUCUCCCACCACCCUUCGGCCUCCCCUUUCCCCCUCUCUCUCCCCAGCCACAGUCCCCUCCACAGCUUCACACCCACCCUCCAGCCCCCUGCUCACUCUCAUCACCCCAAUAUGUUUGCCCCGCCCACGGCUUUGCCUCCUCCUCCGCCAUUGACAUCAGGGACUUUACAGGUUCCUGGACACCCAGGAGGAAGCACUUACUCAGAACAAGACCUCCUGCGUCAGGAAUUGAACACGCGUUUUUUGGCCUCACAGAGUGCUGACCGCGGGGCAUCCCUUGGCCCUCCACCCUACCUGAGGACUGAGUUUCAUCAGCAUCAACACCAGCACCAACACACACACCAACACACGCACCAGCACACCUUCACGCCCUUCCCACACGCCAUCCCACCCACAGCCAUCAUGCCGACGCCAGCACCGCCCAUGUUUGACAAAUAUCCUACAAAAGUUGACCCCUUCUACCGUCACAGUCUGUUUCAUUCAUAUCCUCCUGCUGUCUCGGGCAUUCCCCCUAUGAUCCCACCUACUGGUCCCUUUGGAUCCCUGCAAGGAGCAUUUCAGCCUAAGACGUCCAAUCCUAUUGAUGUUGCUGCUCGACCUGGGACAGUCCCCCACACUCUACUACAGAAAGACCCACGGUUGACAGAUCCGUUCAGGCCAAUGUUAAGGAAACCAGGGAAAUGGUGCGCGAUGCACGUUCACAUUGCUUGGCAGAUUUACCACCAUCAGCAGAAAGUCAAGAAACAGAUGCAGUCAGACCCACAUAAACUGGACUUCGGAUUGAAACCUGAAUUCCUGAGCCGCCCACCAGGUCCCAGCCUCUUCGGCGCCAUCCACCAUCCCCAUGACCUGGCACGACCAUCCACCUUGUUCUCUGCUGCUGGUGCUGCACAUCCAGCCGGGACCCCUUUUGGGCCCCCACCCCAUCACAGCAACUUCCUCAACCCGGCUGCUCACUUAGAGCCUUUCAACAGGCCAACCACAUUCUCUGGGCUUGCAGCAGUGGGUGGCAAUGCCUUCGGGGGACUUGGAAACCCAUCAGUUACACCCAACUCAAUGUUCGGCCACAAGGAUGGCCCCAGUGUGCAGACCUUUAGCAACCCUCACGAACCCUGGAACCGGCUUCACCGAACGCCUCCAUCGUUCCCGACCCCUCCGCCCUGGCUGAAGCCGGGGGAGCUGGAGCGCAGCUCGUCCGCAGUAGCUCAUGACAGAGAUAGAGAUGUAGAUAAACGAGACUCAUCCAUUAGUAAAGAUGGCAAAGAAAGGGAGGGCCUUGAGAAGCGACACUCCAGCCAUCCUUCACCAGCACCCGUCCUCCCAGUGAACUCCCUGGGACACCCCCGCAGCUCCGCUGAACAGAUAAGGAGUCAUCUGAGCACCGAGGUUCGCGAGAAAGACAAACCCAAAGAGAGAGAGAGGGACCACUCGGAGUCCCGGAAAGACCUGAAUUCCGACGAGCACCAGGUGAAGGAGGGCCAUGUUCCCGAGAAGGAGCCCCACGGGCACGAGAGCCGAGCUGCGGCGGAUGAGUCCAAGCAGAUGUCCAGGGUCCCGUCUCCGUACGCCCGGGCGCCCGCGGCAGAGAGCACCCGGCCCAACAGCACCUCCAGCCGUGAGGCCGACAGGAAGAGCGAGGCGGCCUACGAGAACCCCAAGAAGAGCGGCGCGGAGGUCAAGGUGAAGGAGGAGCGCAAGGAAGAGCACGACGCGCCUCCCGAGGGGCCCCCGCCGCACCGCUCCUCCGAGCCGCCACCACCACCACCCAUCUCCACGACGUCCGGCGUGCCCCCUGGGCCCUUGGCCUCCGUGCCCAUGACCGUGGGGGUGACGGGCAUCCAUCCCAUGAACAGCAUCAGCGGCUUGGACAGGACUCGCAUGAUGACUCCGUUCAUGGGCAUCAGCCCCAUCCCGGGAGGAGAGCGCUUCCCCUACCCCUCUUUCCACUGGGACCCCAUCCGGGACCCACUGAGGGACCCCUACCGGGACCUGGACAUCCACCGGAGAGACCCCCUGGGCAGGGACUUCCUGCUGAGGAACGACCCCCUCCACCGGCUCUCGACGCCGCGGCUGUACGACGCCGAGCGCCCCUUCCGGGACCGGGAGCCCCACGACUACAACCACCACCACCACCACCACCACCACCCCCUCUCUGUGGACCCCCGGCGGGAGCAUGAGCGGGCCGGCCACCUGGACGAGCGGGAGCGCCUGCACAUGCUCCGUGAAGACUACGAGCACGCCCGCCUGCACGCGGUCCACCCUGGACCCCUGGACGGCCAUCUCCCCCACCCCGGCCUCCUCACGCCGGGCCUGCCCAGCAUGCACUACCCCCGCAUCAGCCCCACAGCGGGCCCCCAGAACGGACUUCUGAACAAGACGCCCCCCACGGCGGCACUGAGCGCCCCCCCGCCGCUCAUCUCCACACUGGGGGGCCGCCCGGUCUCCCCGCGCAGGACUACCCCUCUGGCGGCAGAGAUGAGGGAGAGGCCCCCUUCCCACACGCUCAAGGAUAUCGAAGCCCGGUAAGGAGCGGCGGAAACCCGUCCACGCACGUCCCACAACAUGGACAGACGCAGAACUCCGACAUCGUGAACACGGACUGCGGAUGCGCUGAGACCUCCCCCCCACCCUUCCCCCCUGUAAAAAUGUAUAGACGAGUGCAAAGAUUUUGAAAUGUUUUUGUAUAUUAUAUGUUGAAAUUUUCCAGAUCUUUAGCCAAGUCAUAUGUUUUUGUGUCUCCUCUAUUUUGUUUCUCGUACAAAACUUUUUUGAUUUGAACCAAAAGAAAACAGUGGAGAUGACUAUACAAACACACACAAUUGGGGGGAGGGGAAAAAAAAAGAACCUUUUGAAAAAAGUCAACCGAACCCACCGUGCAAAGCUGUUUCAGAAAGAAGGGAAGGAAGGCCGUGUACAUACUCAUGUAAAAAGAAGGCUGUGUGGGCGAGUGGUUCAUAUAUGCAAAAGGGUGUGAUGAAAGCUUUACUCUGUACAAAUGUAAAUAGAUAAAAUUAAGUCACAUGAUACAUGAAUACUUCUUAAAUCGUGCUAUCUGCAAACUUAAUAUCGAUGAACACGGUCCACUUAUGCUGUGUUCCCCUAUGUUAUAGACAGCUAAACCCCUUCAACUAUGCAAUGAAUGUGAAGGCUUUUAACAAAAGCCUUUCUAUCUCAAAGGAGCCUUUUCAAAUCCAUUUACAACCUACUUAAGGUCAUAUUUUCCCUGAACGAGCUCUUAAUGUGAUAUGACUUUGUUUUCCUCGGUUUUGGGUUUUUUGGGGUUUUUUUGUUUUGUUUUGUUUUGAAACAGAGAAACAUCUUUCUUAGCGAGUUAGACGCCAGGCUCUGGAGCCAUUCACCUCAAGUCAGCGUUCGUAGGCGUUUCAGAAACUCGUCUCGGGCCUCGGGCCACGGGGCGGCUGGGGACGCAGGGGAUGGGAUUUUCAGCUCCCCAAAUCUGGCGAUGAACAUACUCUUGUGUCAGUCAAAUAUCAGAGAGUCCCAGGAUCUUGUUCAUAAUGUCAGUCAAGUUGUUCCACCAACACCUCCUCUUGUUGGGAACCACACUUCCCCCCUUCCCCCAAAGUGUAUCAUUUUCCCCUUUGCACAUUUUUUCCUUUCUUUCUUUUUUUUAAAAUAAGGCAUUUAAUGACACCCAAACAAAUCCUGAAAGAAAGCGAAUAGUUUUCUAAGAUGAUGGAUAUGUUUUUUCUGUGUUUGAUAGUUAAAUGAAUUGAAGAUGCAAAUUUCUCAUUGUGGUUCCUUGUAUUUCAGUUGGUAAUAAAGUCUGAGAAGAGUCUUAACAGGUCAGUCUUGUUGUAUGCAGACACCAGAAAGCAACCCAAGCAGGGGGGAAAUUCCUGCGAAGAAAACCAUUUGUUUUAAAGUUUGCAUCCAUCCUGUGUCUCUUCAUAACACUUUUUAUAAUACAUUAAGCUUCUUGUCCACAUAUUUGGAGAGAAUAUGACUUUACUAUCAGAGAAAAUACACUAUAUCUUGUCUACUGGACUGUAAAAUAUAUGUAUGAAAUAAAAUUAGUUCCAUUGGUCUUCUAGUGUAUCAAAGUGCUAUCUGAAGUUGUUAUCCUGUUUUUGCAAAAAACAAAAAACAAAAAACAUAAAAAAAACAAAAAGCAAAAAAAAGAAGGAAAAAAGAAAAGAGAUAAAAAGUCUUAAGUACAGACAGUUGUUUCUAAUGAGCAGAGAGAUAUAUUUUAGUAGUAAACUGAAGGUUUAGUUGUGAGCUUCAGGUUUGUGAAUUCCAGAUGUUGUGCAGUGUUUUUUUUUGUUUUGUUUUGUUUUGUUUUGUUUUUUUUAAAAGAACAGCAACAGGAAAAAAAAAAUUAAAACCCCAACAAAUAUGUACACUGGAACUGUAGUGGUAGCUUUCAGUAUUGUAAAGAGAUUGUUCUAUACCAACCUUUUUGCUGUUUAUCCUGUAUGUAAUAAAGUCCUUUCUAGACCCUAUGUGAAAAGAAAAAUGAAGCGGCAGGUUCUUCAGCAUGUUCCCAUCAGCGGAGACUUCUUGUGUAAUGUAAAGUGUGCCAUGUUAUUAAAAAAUGUGAACUAAA